AUCCACCUUAGAGCUGCAUUCCCAAACAGCUCGACUCUGGUGGUCAAAAUAGAGCAAGCAAAACUUUUGGGGUCAUAACCCUCCAUGGUGCCAUUCUCUAGUGGGCUUCAGAAUGGUAGGGCUAUCUGAGACCACCCAAAUUCCAAUUCCUGACGAUUUCACACAGGCCAUAUCUAAAGCCAUUUCUGCUGGAUUUCAUCCGUUUGUUGAUACGCAUGAUUACAGCAGGCAGUAAUACAAGGUGGAGCAAGAUCAAACUACAGCUUUCUAGCAUCAUUUACAGCUCUCGGCCUCUGACUAGACCUAUCGCACAAUCUAUGCCUAAGAGUCUAGCAGUCCGGGCGUCACGAAACAGAAGAAAAACAAGAAAAGCCGGAAGAGCCAGAAAAUCAAGAAGAGCCAGAAAAACAAGAAAAACAAGAAAAGCCAGAAGAGCCAGGAUAACAAGAAGAGCCAGAAAAGCCAGAAAAGCCAGAAAAGCCAGAAAAGCCAGAAAAGCCAGAAAAGCCAGAAAAGCCAGAAAAUUCAAAAACCCCAGAAAUUCAGAAAAGCCAGAAAAGCAAGAAAAUCAAGAAAAGCAAGAAAAAUAAGAAAAGCCAGCCGGGAAUCACGACACCUGCCAGAGACAGACCAGCCCAUAACGACGCCCAACAUACCUCCAGGCCCG